CAGCGUUGCUAGCUGCGACAGCGCUGAGAGUCUAUGGCAUGCUGACUCUUCAUUCUCACUGAAUCCCCCCAAGUGAGAACCGUUACCUUACCCCUCUACUGUGUAUGCUCAAAACUACGCCGCAAAGAUGUCAUCCCCUGCCCAGAAAGUGUCUCUCUACUCAGUCAAUGACCUCAAGAAUGCCACCGACGAUGCCCUUGCACCCUACCUGACCAGCCUCUCCAAGCCAUAUACCUUCAAACAGCAACACUACACGACCAACAUCCGCCUCAUCCUAGGCUACACAGCCGUCAUCAUCGCAGGCGUCUUAUUCUACGCGGACUACAAACUCGGCUGGGACGCGACGAAAGCGUACACAGGACCAGCAUGUGUCGCAUAUUUCGUGCUCAACAGCGCAUUAACAUACUGGAUUUGGGCUGUCGAAGCGGGCACCGUGUUCGUCGGGACGAGAGAGGGAGGGCAGAAGUUGAGGUUGAAGUCGUCCACGCAAAAGUACAAGCCGAUGUACAAGCUCAAAGUCACCUAUGAAGCGCCCUCUGGAAAGAAGUGGGAGGACAAAGAAGUCGAGGGCUCGUUUACACAGUGGUUUAACACGCAUGGUUACUUGCAGAAAAAGGAGCUGCACAGCUGGUUGGCAGAGAAUAUCGAAGUGUUAGGCGUGGCGCAAAAAGAAGGCAAGGCGAAGAUCGAAUCAGCGCCAUCUGCAGGGGCGAUUGACGAUGCGACUCUUGCAGCCAUUUCAGGCCCGGAAAUGAUGUCCUUCUCAUCAAGUGCUGAGGCAUCGCCGGCGACACCGUCGACCUCGAAGAAGGGCAGGCCGAAGAAGAAGGUCUAAAAGGAGUCUUCAGUGGAACUUGGCAGGGAAGGGAAGGCACUAAGAGACUUGCAAGACGCAUACGACCUAGGAUACGAUACCCCGGUAAACGUGGAUUGAACUGCGCAGUUCAUACCCCAGGCCACCAACGGCCGUGGAACCCUCAGCAACAUACCACCUCACCCCGUGUAGAUACGAGUCAACGCCAUACCCUGAGCAUUGAAGAGGGUACCGUCAACAGCGCCCUCCAGGCACAGAAGACGCCACGCCGAAAAUGUGCCAUAGACGCAGUCGAGCUAAUUCCACGCCCUGCGAGGAGAUAGCAAGCCUUUAAUGGGCCGGUUUCUGGGCAAACGUUGCAAGAUGGUCAUGCGGCAUCACUUGAUGGAGGCUGAUCUUUACCGCCAUGGUCAUCAAGAUACUGAACGGGAUGGAAAGCUGGCUGAUCUUUAUCGCCAUGGUCAUCAAGAUAGCAGACAGGAUGGGAAUUCGGCUGAUGAAGCUUCAGUCAGCCCUCCGACCGUCUUCAAGACUAAGGUACCUAGAUCUGUGGACUCUAGCAAAUGCCGCGAGGUGCCUGGUCAAUCUUGGAACCAAUGGAAUCUCUUUACUAAUCUUUACAUGUCAACUUCUAA